AUGCCUGAUGCCAUCUCUGCUUACGUUUUUAAUCGGCUGCAGUAUCACAAGCUGAUGAUGACAUCUGACGAUUCUUUACGGUCCCUCUCUCGGAAAACAAUGCUGGCGAACGGCCUGAGUAGUCGACGCACAGUCAUUGACUCUGGUGCUACUGCUGGUAAGCUAGCGGCGGCCUUGUUUCUCACACAUCCUUCGGCUGCACAGGCUCGUAUAAAGGGAGCCGCCGAAAUUGAUGCGGAAGCAUAUUUUCAAGAUCUCUUGAAAGGUAAUCCGCUGACGGGGGGAAUUGAGCAAUCUGCAAUUGAAAUUCGACCUGCUCGGGUGCUCGACAAAGAGUUCGCGACAUUUUUGGACAAAACAACAUUAAAAUUAUUAAGUGAAACGUCGGGCGUCUCUAUGGAAGGUGUGGAGAGGGAAGUAGCUGCUUUCAGACAAGCUGUGGAGCCAGGAUUUCAACGACGGGCGCCCUUUCCGACGGGCGACUUGAGCAAUGAACGGUGUUUCGACUGCUAUUCUUAUGCCGAUUUCCGUGUCGCGGCAAAGCUCAUCCCCAACCUGCGCGCCCGAGCCACUUUCGUCCGUCAGCUGGGAGAGACUGUUCUUGGUAAAAUCUUUGAGGGUCAAAGGGCAAUCGAUGCAAAAGCCGUGCCUCGAACGUACGAUGCGCAAAAAGAUGGGUUGGAAGAGGCACUAACCGGGCUUAGCAGAAUUCUUGCUUACAUGAAAUUGAAAGGCUUUCUGAAAGAUUUCCGGGUGAACGCCGAUGACUACGACCGAGCCUCCUGGGAUGAAGGGUUCAGCCUAGAGGUGCUGGUAACGGUCAUAGAACCAGCGACAUUGGGAGGAAACGUUCAAUUCACCGGGGAAGGGUUUCUUUUUCAUCCGGACUACGUCGCUGAAACCUUGCUGGCCUACUUGGCACUUUGUGGUGUACGGAACGCAAAAGCACUCCAGCCUCCCGAGAAGAAAACGGCUUGCGGAAAAAAAAUCGAGGUUACCGCUGCAUCGUUGGCUUUUGCUGCUCCCUUGAAGUCCUCCCCUACUCCAUCGCCCUCUCCUUGUCUGCCACCGGCCCUGACAGCCCAUCCCGUGCUGCAGUCUCUCGACGCGAUGGACGAUGGUUGGCGUCACUUUGUCGUAUCUCAGGCUGGCAAACCCUACUUUUCGCGGCUUCUUGCAUUCCUUUCGCAAGAAAUUUCUAGUAGGCAAGUUGUGUAUCCACCCUAUCCCUUAGUGUUCUCUGCCUUAACCCUCUGCCGCUGGCUGGAUGUCCGGGUAGUUAUCAUAGGCCAAGACCCUUAUCAUGGACCGAAUCAAGCGCAUGGGCUGGCAUUUUCAGUGCUGCCUCCUACGCAGCCCCCUCCGAGCCUCAACAACAUGUUCAAAGAGGCGAUGGAGGACGUCAGCGGAUUCACUAAGCCCUCUCACGGAAACUUGGAAGCCUGGAGCCGGCAAGGUGUCCUUUUGCUCAACACGGUGCUCACAGUUCGUCGUGGGCAGGCCAAUUCGCAUAAGGGUAAAGGAUGGGAAACGUUCACGGAUGCUGUGAUCAAGGAGCUGGACGUGAAGAAGAAGGGGUUGGUCUUUGUUUUAUGGGGGAAGCCUGCGCAGGAAAAAUGUAAAAGCAUCAAUCGCGCAAAGCAUAGGGUCAUCCGAUGCGCGCACCCCUCACCGCUCUCCGCAACCAAGACAAACGCACCAUUUAUUGGAUCCAAAAGCUUCUCGCGGACAAAUGCUGCACUUGUGGAACUUGGAAAAGAGCCGAUCGACUGGCGCUUGUGAUCCAUGCGGGCCAUAAGGCUCUCAAGAUUGAGGACGUGGCCGAAGGCCGUCGCACAAUGUAGCCAAGCUUGCCCAGGCUCUGCAGAGCGCGAGAUUUAUCCAGGCAGAAAGUUUUGGUUGGAAUACGUUCUACGUUGGACAGGGCAUGCGGGCCGUCUGUACAGAUAAUGGGGGGCACAGUCUGGGAGGCAUGGGGCUCGGCUCAGGGAUGGCGCAAGGAACGGAAGAGGGGCUGAAGUUCCGUUUGACGUUACGUUACAUGAUGACUUACAAAUAUGACUUUUGACAAGCUUUUUGGACUCUUUGUCAAAUGUCUGUUGCUCUCCCUGGAAGAGCGACCGCGACCGAGGCGGCGAUAUGAAGAACGUAUACUUAGUUCUCUCACACAUACAUGCCUCACAUCUUCCUUUUUAUUUUACAUCGAGCCAUCACGUCUUCUCCAAUUUUCUGGUUUACAGUUUUGUGCCUAGCUAUUACUGUGACAAUGGACUUGUGAUACCCAUGAACGUAUUUCCCUCCUCCAACCCGAUCUCGCUUGUCUCUUUCCCCUCCCCCAUGCCCGCACUCUGGCUUCCCGCCACCUUUCCACACUCGUUCAAAUGUCGAAUCUCCUGUGAAUUCCAUGUCUCUAGGAUAUUGGGUUGAUUUCCUCCACAGUAUGAGGCCACGCCACGCCUAGGGGAACGGGCCCCCGCACAGCCUCUGCUGCUUUUCGCUUCGACGACGCCUUCUUCCUCGUUGACGAGGGCAUUGCCAGUGCGAGCGCAACCACUUCCACUUCCUUGACCACUCUUAUGCCCUGGAAAAUUGCCACUCUGAAUUUUGCUCGACCCCGCGCUUUCCAGGCUCGCAUUUCGGGUCGCAAAGGGCCACAUCCGGCCAGCUAAAGUACCGGAACUGCUACUCCAAGUCAGGAUACAACGCUCAAAUACCAUGCGCCACAAUGGCAGCGAAAUAAAGACGGCUCCCAUUGCUGCCAUCACAAACAUAGAGAGCCCCAUAUGAACAGAGUAGCCAUCCUGGAGCUCGCGGUGGUCACGAAGGAAAGCGAGAACCAGAAGAUUCCAGGCAGCCGCACUGCCGAUACCGCAGACUCCAGCAAAGAGGAAGAUGUUCCAGACCCAAGCCGCAAGACUAUAAACAUGCUGCGGGCGGAUCCAUGAGCUCCCUAUAACCAGAAAGAGUAGCAGGACGCCAGUAUAUCCCAUGCCCAAGCUCAACAAAGCUGUUAUUUGCGAAAUUCGCCACCAAACACAUUUUUCCGUUGAAUACAUGGGACCUAGACCAUUACAAAAACGAGGAGUUGAUGAUUCUCGAACUUCUCCAACAUGAUAUAUUGUCUCAAAAAGCCCUAUGUGAGCAUCUAAGGUGCUCUGAACGUUUGCAUCCUCUACGGUCCACUCCGGCAGGAGAACAGCAGCCAAGCCCAAACCCCAAGCCAGAGUGGCAAUGAUGAAAGUUGCCAAAAAGACGCGUUUGGCAGUAAUUUGUUUAAGUCUUGAGUUAGGAGACAGCCACGAUGGCGAGCAGGUUGACAGGUGCUGGGAAGGUCGCGGCAUGAGCGCACCUGCGAGAGGUUUAUGUGGAAGCAAAGCCCGGGCUGCUUGUACU